AUGGAUUUUGGUGAUGGUCAAAUCAUGAAGUUGGGACAAAAUGAAUUCGAUGACAACAUUGAGGACCAUAAUUUAAUAUGUCAUAAAAUGAGCCCGUACAAUACAUCCUCGUCACGGUCCUGUGACAGCAUUGACACAUUAAAAGAAGAAGAGAGUUGGAUGGGCUUAAAAAACAUACCAAAUGGACCAUUUGAAAAAAAUAAAAAAAAAUUACCAGACCAACUAAGUAUACCAAACCAUGUCAAGACAUCGACCGAAUUUUGA